AUGGACGUCGCCCGCGACCCGGACGACGUCGGCCGCGGUUUAUCCUGCGCCUCGCCCUCCUCGUCUGCAUUCUCCGCACUAGCAGCACUACUCCGCGCAGGCGGCACAUACGCCAACCCCGCCGUCAGCAGAAACUGCAGCAAGAACCCACACACCCCCAGUCCCACCAGUAACACCCACUCCCCCCGCGUCGCAGGCAGCUGCACCGACACCGACGGCAGCACCAGCAUGGCCACGAGCGACCCCAGCGUCGUGACGGUGGCAAACCACGUAACCGAGACGAGCGGGUGCGCGCGCUGGCCGAUCACCCGGAUGGUGGUGUACGCACAGCUGGCGCCGGCCACACCCACCAACCCCAUGCCGAUGGCCAGGAUGUGCUGCGUCUCGUCGCGGCCUGCGCCGUCGUCGUUUCCAGACGCCGGCGGCCGGGUGGCCAGCCCAAACGGCCGCGCGAUCAGCACCACCCCGGCCAGCGACACCACGGCGGCCAGCUGCUGCCGCCGCGUAAACACCUCGUUCGGCAGCACGAACGAGCACGCGUAG